UUUCCUCAAAAAAUCGUGACGUGAGAAUCUUCCAGAGUCACAGGACUGGGGUCGACUCGGAUCAGGUGUACAUUUCGGGGUCUUCUUCGUGAGUGGGUGGGUUCGGGUCACGGAUCUCCGAGGUUAUGAGCCGUCCGAAGCCGCGUCGGUGCGUCGCUGUCCAGGGUCCUGAGUGAGACAGAGCCAGCGGGCGACCACGGAGCCUGACAUAACCCGUGAGUUAAAAAGCUCAGGAGCCAUGGAGUUGAGGGUGGGGAACAAGUACCGCCUUGGGAGGAAGAUUGGGAGUGGAUCCUUUGGAGAUAUUUACCUCGGUUCUAACAUCGCUACAGGAGAGGAAGUAGCGAUCAAGCUAGAAUGUGUGAAAACCAAACAUCCACAGCUGCACAUUGAGAGCAAAUUCUACAAGAUGAUGCAGGGUGGAGUGGGAAUUCCAUCCAUUAAAUGGUGUGGAGCAGAAGGCGACUACAAUGUCAUGGUUAUGGAGCUGCUUGGCCCAAGUCUGGAGGACCUGUUCAACUUCUGCUCUCGCAAGUUCAGCCUGAAAACUGUCCUGCUGCUGGCCGACCAAAUGAUCAGCAGGAUUGAAUACAUCCACUCCAAGAACUUCAUCCACAGAGACGUGAAGCCUGACAACUUCCUGAUGGGGCUGGGAAAGAAGGGCAACCUGGUUUACAUUAUCGACUUUGGCCUGGCCAAGAAAUACCGAGACGCCCGAACACACCAGCACAUCCCCUACCGUGAGAAUAAGAACCUCACCGGGACCGCCCGCUACGCCUCCAUCAACACCCAUCUGGGCAUCGAGCAGUCAAGACGAGAUGACCUGGAGUCUCUGGGCUACGUUCUCAUGUACUUCAACCUGGGCUCUCUGCCCUGGCAGGGGCUCAAGGCUGCCACCAAGAGGCAGAAGUAUGAACGCAUCAGUGAGAAGAAGAUGUCCACCCCUAUAGAGGUGCUCUGCAAAGGUUAUCCCUCUGAGUUCUCCACCUACUUGAAUUUGUGUCGCUCGCUGAGGUUUGAUGACAAACCAGACUACUCGUACCUGAGGCAGCUCUUCAGGAACCUUUUCCACAGACAGGGCUUCUCCUAUGACUACGUCUUUGACUGGAAUAUGCUGAAGUUUGGUGCCAGCAGAAACACAGAAGACAGCGAGAGGGAGAGGAGGGAGGGAAAGGACGGAGAGGAGCGGGCAGGAGGAGGCCAGAGAGGAGCCGGUGGUCGGGCUUUGCCGCCUGGUCCGAACCCUUCAGGAGCCAACAGAGUCAGGAAUGAAGCUGAUGCCACCCCAUCAAACCCGGCCACACGUGGGGUCCAGCAGUCAGGUAACCGGUCCCCUCAGGCAGGCAGAGCAGAGCGAGCUGAGAGAGAGAGGAAAGUGGCCAUGAGGCUCCACCGCGGGGCCCCUGCCAAUGUCUCCUCCUCUGACCUCACUGCACGCCUCGACCAGUCACGUAUCACCGCAUCACAGGUCAGUGUGCCGUUUGAACACCUGGCAAAGUGAAGUCCUGGUGGCUGGCCUGCAGGUCAGUGACAGCAGCUGCAGGGUAUCAAAUACCCCUUACUUUUCAAAUGAAUGAAUGAAAACAUGAAUGAGUGAAGGAGGACAAGCAGAGCAGGAGGAGGCGAUGCAGGCCCUUGAAGCGGGAAACGAGACCAUUAUGUUUCCGUGUGAACACUGGUGACCAGAAACUGAGGAGAUGUUAGAAACCAGCGGGACAAACAAACUCUUAUCUGGAACUGGUUCGUACGACUUUUUGGGGGGGUGAUAAAAGUGGGUGAAACAUCACAAAGACCCCGCCCAUUCUUCAUUCAUAGUCACCUGUCUAUCAACUCAGAGGUUCAACUUGCAAAAAAAAAACAACAACAAAAAAAAGAGGAAAAAAAUGCACAAAAUGGACUCAGUUUCAGUUCUUCUGUGGUUUACACCUGUGAUUUAAGAAUAAGAAAAAGUCAACUAUCAAUCUGCUAAAGUUUGAGAGCUUCAUCUGCUGCUUAUGGUGUUCUUGAUUCUAUAUAAAUAUGUAAACAACUAUGGAGACGAACACAUAACUAAAGAGUUUUCAGACUUGUAAUAGAAGAGGAGAAUCAGUGAAUGGAUGUGGGAGAGUCUGUGGAUGGGAGUGAGGCUGCUUUUCGUCAGUAAAUGUCCACGUCUGUGUGUUAUUGUCCUAAGUGUUCGUAUUGCUGUUAGCUUUGCUUUAGAGAGUCUGAGGAAAGAAGGGACCAAGGAUCAGCGAGGGAAAGUGUUCAUCAAUUAUCCAUAAAUCACAGCAAACAAUAAGUCUAAAAGAACUUCCUGUCCUUGGCACACUUGUAACUCUCACCUGUGAGAGACUGACAUGCUCACUGAAGAAGAGGAGGAAGACUGCGAUGAGUCAAGGACAGAAUACAAGAGAGAGCCAUGUGGAUUGUAUGAUAUGAUAAAGCCUUAUAGUCCAGCUUGUAACUCCAGGUAUGAAAAGACUUGAGAAAGUUAUAAGAUCUUGGUGAUAAACAAGUCUGGUGUUACUUAUUUUUGUUUUAUGUCUUUUUUGUUAGCUUUUUUUUUAUUUUAUAAAACAUGUAAAAAUGUGUAGAUACCUACAGUAUGGCCAGAAUGUGAAAUAUUGUGUAAAGAUGGAGCAGGAGAGAAGUGUACUGUUUACUUCCUGAUUGCCUGGGGGCAAAAGUGAAGAAGGAAAACUUUUACCAGUUACCUUUAGAGUCAGCCACAUGUGUGUUUUUCAUUUCUACAGUGGCAGGCAAUGACAGAGAGGUUUUUCAAAAAAAAUGAAAGAGAGUUUUGACCCCAGGUCUGUCAGGAAGAACAGGCAA